AUGUUUUCAUUAAGAAAAAUAAUCCCUUAAUAAAGAUUAUUUAAAAAUAUUUUAGGAUAUAAUAUAUUUAAUUUAAAUUCUUAAUAAUCCUAGAAUUAAAUAUAAAGUGUAGAAGGUAAUAAACCUCCACAAGUUGAAGAUAGCAUAUAAGGAAAAUAUGCAGGAGUAUUGUUUUAAAGUGCAAGCUCUUAAAGCGUAUUACAUUUGGUAGCUGAUGACAUGAAAUACUUUUAAGAAUUAAACUAAGAAAGUGAAGUUUUUAGAUAAUUUUUAAGCAAUGUUUCAUUAAAAAGAACUGAACAAAGAUAAAUUUUGGAAGCUUUAGGAAAAGAUAGUUUUUCAGAAGUAACAAAUAAUUUAUUAGAAACUUUAGUUGAAAAUAAAAGACUUGAUUAAUUACCCAAAGUUGCUGAAAAAUAUAUAGAAUAUUACAGAAUUUUAAAUAAAUAAGAAUCUAUAACCAUUAUAAGCGCAAAAGAACUUAAUUAAGAAGAAAAAGAUAAAGUCGAAGAUGGUUUAAAAAGAGGAAAUUAAGGAGUUUAAUUUACAGUUACUUAUUAAGUUGAUUCUUCUAUUUUAGGUGGUUUAUAAAUGUAUUCAGGAAAAAAUUUCUUAGAUUGUUCUUUACUUUCAAGAAUAAAUAAACUAAAAAGUGAAAUAAUAAAAAUUUCAUUUUGA